GGACGCUCCAUUCGAUAUUAUAGCGCGCAUACAGCUUCUUAACCGCCAGCUGUCCGUUCUCUGUCUACCACGAUCGCAAUUACCAAAGCUAGUUCGGCGGAAAGUGUGCGACCUUGUUCAUCACGCUUACAGCACCGCAAAGAUGUCCCUCUCAGAUGGUCAUGUCGGUCUGGGCCAGGGCGAUGCCGAUGGAGACGCAUUGGCAUCGAUCCUCAAGCAUCCCGAGGCGCUCGAAUGUCUGCAGCGCAAACAACUGACCUCAUUGUGCAAGCGUUUCGGGCUGAAGGCAAGCGGAAAGAACGUCGACAUGGUAAAGCGUUUGCAAGAUCAUGCACAAGAACAAUUAUCUGCAGCACCUGCAGCACCUGCAGCUCCAGCAUCUUUCGUAAAUGGCUUCGUAAUGGUAGAAAAAGUAAAUAACGCCGAGGAAAGCCUCAUGCCUUGCCAAUUUCUAGCUUCGUCAGAAGAGUACAAUGAGAAAAAUGGCACAAAUGUGGAAGUUAAGAUGGAAGCUGGAAUCUCCCAGGACAAUGGCGUGCAGCCAGGCCACAAAGGAAAACGAAGACGCGGCGACUCCCUCAGCUUGACAAGAGAAUGGGGGGACAACGAGGCGACUGAAAUACUUUCGCCGCUUCGCCCACUUUCAUUGAUCCGCGUCGUCAAGCCCCGCCCUUCCAGAGCAUGCAAGUCUGGCGCUACCCAUGUUGCACCUUCGCCUUUGCCAGCAGCGCUAGUGCCGCAGGCUCCUACCUUUCCUGUACCCGCAGCGAGUCCGAUGGCUCGCCCUGGGACAGCAUCGAAUGCGCAAUUCUCGAGCGCAGCUGCCAAGGUGCUUGCAGAGAUGAACGCUCGCCUUGCUGCCUCAGGAGCUGCGCCGAUCAAACUCAACACUCCUUCCUUCAAGUCUCUCGCGGGUUGCGCUGGGUCAUCCGAAGGAGCGCCGACCUACGGCUCCGGUGGCGCCCAGUUGGUCAAAGCUGGCUGGACCAAGAGAGCCAAACAGUUGGAUGGAGAGCACAGAUUCCAAGGAGCUCAUAGCAAGGCGUUUGGAAAGAUGGACAGCAUCGUCAAUCACUACGCUGCAAAAAGACUCAAGAGCAGCCAGACGCUAGCACCGGGUGGCCCAGGGAGUGCGGGCAGAAGGAGCUCGACAUCCAGCUCUUCCAAGCAGGGCAGCGCUUCUACAGCAGUCAGCGUGGGCGUGCCGAGUGCUCAGACCGCUGGCCGGAAAAUCCAAAUCUCUACUCCUGCCGCCCGACCAGGUUCUUCGGCUGCAGCCAAUGGUGCAGCGCUACUUGCUGUGCCACGCAAGUCUGCGGCGCGCGCGGGCGCCAACGGCGCCGCUUCAAGCAAAGCUGGUAUGCUCGCUGGCAGAAGACGCAGCGGGCACACCUCGCUAAAGGCCAUGCAACAACUGGAGGUGGAGCACCGGAAAGCCGUGCUAGAUGCUGCGCGGAAGCGGCGAGCGUCUGCAACUCGCAACACCUCCGCCGCCGCAGCAGCAGCCGGCAGAGAGGCUGCGCCGACGGCAAAGAAAGCGUUUGGUUUGAGCGGAAAGAUGGUCAGUGCGCUCGGAAAAGCGCUGGGUGGCGCCAAAGAGAUUUUUGGCGCCAGUGCGGGAGUAACGGUGCAGGCCAAAGCGCGGGAACAUGUCAGGGCUAUCGCUGGGCCCAACCGCUCUGUGUCUGCUACAUCGGUCAAGCUCAAGGCGAGCAGUGCAUUCGGCUCGAAGAAGGAGAGCAUGACGACGAGCAGGACAGCACCGGACCUCGCUACCAGAGCAGCUUCGUCUGCAGCGCCGCAGGUGCCACCGAAGCGCCCGACCUUUGAUCUGCAAGCCAGCCUGGCGCGCAAACCUGUUGGCUACAAGCCAUACAGCGCCAAGGAAGCCCUUGAAGGCCUUCGCUCGCCAGAUGCGCGCCGUGCCGGCAAUUCAAUAGCUGCAGCGGCGGCUGCGGUGGCGACAACGUCCGUGCGGCCCGUCUCCACGCACUCGAGUACGGCGUCGGCGCGCUUGGCGAGCGCAGGCUCAAGUGAUGUGGGCAGGAGCGCAGCUACCGCGCAGGCGGGAGUCAAGGGGCGUAACGCAGGAGUGAGGCGGCAGAGCAAAGCGCUGCCCCCGCUACCUCCACGAGCGCCGGCGGCUGCGCGGCCACGCAUCGACAGGGAGAAGCUGCUGGCAAAGCGGCGCGCUGCCGCUGCUGGGCCUGGGGGCAAGGGCAGAGUGUCGAAUGCAGCAGCGAUGCUCCGACAGCCGCGCAAGAGCAUGGUUGCGGCGUCUGUUGCGCAACCACGAGCAGCGUCCGUACUGGCGUCGUCCGGCGUCGCAGGCAACCGGCAGCCGGCGCCUAGUUCUUUUUUUUGUUUUUCCUCUUCCGCCGCCACUACUACUACUACUACUGCUGCUGCUGAUGGAAGCAACAAGAGGGUGCGCGCGAGCAUGCCGGCAUGGAAAGCGGAUCCGAUCGCUCGUGCGAAAGCGCGCAGCAGCGCCAAUGUCAGGCCCGCUGCGGCUGCAUUUGCGGGCGGACGGGCGCGCGCCAGCAUGAGAGCCACUGGCUAACAGGCAGGGGUAGAAAAGCUUUUUGCGUUCAUCGCGCUUGUCCGAAGAAACAAUCCUGUCUCGGGCAGACGGUACCGUGAAUGGUCGUUCCAUUGCCUCUCUCUCUUUCUCUUUCUAUCGUUUGCUUCUGCGGAAAGGUUCUGGGACUGCUGUAUGUACAUCAACACGU